UAUCAUGAAUUCAAAUUCCCAUAUGCCUUUCUCUUCUGAUUUCCAUUCAACUUCCCUCCUUUACAACCUCUCUAUUUUGAAGGACAAGCUCCACCAAAUCCAAUCCGUUGUCUCCCUCGUCGUCUACGACUUUCAAAACUCGACCGAGUCCCUCCCUCGAGACUUGUCGCAGUUACCGACGGUCAACUCUCUGAUCCAGGAACUCAUCAUGGCUGCUUCUUCCAUGUUGUUCACAUGUCAAGAGAUGAAUAACUUCGCUGUGAACUCGUCGUUACAUAACGAUGUUGUCGAUAAUAAUCUCCAAGGUCUUGUUGACAACGAUAAUCGACCUUCCAUCGCCCUUCUCGACGUGGCCAACGAUCAUCGGCAUCAUCAGAAUUGGUACAACAUGACAUCUACUACUAAUAACGACGACAACGACAACAAUAGCAGUAGAGUAACGACAACGAAAACAACACAAGAUUAUCGAACUACGAUCGAUAUUGUCGAACUAGACGCGACAGAUCUUCUUGCAAAAUACACCCAUUAUUGCCAAAUUUGCGGGAAAGGGUUCAAGCGGGACGCGAACCUACGAAUGCACAUGCGAGCACACGGGGACGAGUACAAAGCGAGCGGGGCGUUGAGUAACCCGGAGAAGAGUCAUAGAAGGGAUAUGAACAUAAACAAGAAAUUAGGGACUAAAUACUCAUGUCCACAAGAGGGCUGCAGAUGGAACCAAAAACAUGCCAAGUUUCAGCCGUUGAAAUCACUGAUUUGUGUGAAAAAUCAUUACAAGAGAACCCAUUGCCCCAAAAUGUAUGUCUGCAAGCUCUGCAGCGGCAAGAAAUUUUCAGUGCUAUCAGAUUUGAGGACUCAUGAGAAACACUGUGGAGACAUGAAAUGGGUUUGUUCUUGUGGCACCACAUUUUACAGGAAAGAUAAGCUCAUGGGUCAUGUCGCUCUGUUCGUCGGGCAUGCCCCGGCAAUCAGUUCGUCGGUAAGAGCGUAG